AUGGCCCCACCAGCAGCCGCUCCAGCUCUUGCCGGCGCAAAACAGUCCGCUUCCGGUCGCGAACGCAAUUUUAAGGAUAAGGAUAAACCGGAAAGUGUGCGCAACAGUAACAUCGUAGCUGCGAAAGCUGUUGCCGACGCCGUGAGAACUUCUUUGGGUCCACGUGGUAUGGAUAAAAUGAUCCAGUCUGGUAAUGGCGAUGUCACCAUUACCAAUGAUGGCGCAACCAUUCUCAAUCAAAUGAGUGUGAUUCAUCCUACGGCAAAGAUGCUUGUUGAACUUUCGAAGGCUCAAGACAUUGAAGCUGGAGACGGAACAACAACCGUUGUCGUUAUGGCUGGAGCUUUCUUGGACGCCGCGCAAAACCUUCUUUCAAAAGGAAUCCAUCCUACUGUGAUCUCCGAAUCAUUCCAGAGUGCAGCUCUUGAAGCUGAAAAGAUUCUGGAAGGAAUGAGCCAGCCAGUUCAGCUCACUGACGAUGCUCUUCUCACGAAGAUGGCGACAACUUCACUUAACUCAAAAGUUGUUUCUCAGCACUCGUGGCUUCUUGCUCCAAUGGCUGUGAACGCUGUCAAAAAGAUCAUUGACACUGAAAAUGCAACCAAUGUCAAUUUGAAAAUGAUUAAGAUUAUCAAGAAAAUGGGAGACACCGUUGAGGAGUCCGAACUCAUCGAAGGAGCCCUUAUCGAUCAGCGUACGAUGGGUCGUGGAGCACCAACUCGCGUUGAGAAGGCAAAGAUUGGUUUAAUUCAAUUCCAAUUGAGCCCUCCAAAAACUGACAUGGAAAAUCAAGUCAUUAUCACGGAUUAUGCUCAAAUGGACCGUGCUUUGAAAGAAGAAAGGACUUACCUUUUGGAUCUUUGCAAACAAAUCAAAAAAGCUGGUUGCAAUGUUCUUCUUAUCCAGAAGAGUAUUCUUAGAGAUGCUGUCAACGAGCUUGCCCUUCACUUCCUCGCCAAGAUGAAGAUCAUGUGCAUCAAGGAUAUUGAGCGUGAGGAUAUCGAAUUCUACUCGAAAAUCCUUGGCUGCCGUCCAAUUGCAUCGGUUGACCAUUUCACCGCUGAAGCUCUCGGAUCUGCCGAUCUUGUCGAGGAGAUUCAAACUGGCGCAGAUGGAAAAGUUAUCAAGGUCACCGGUGUUCAAAAUCCUGGCCACGCUGUUUCAAUUCUUCUUAGAGGAUCGAACAAGUUGGUGCUUGAAGAGGCCGACCGUUCCCUUCAUGACGCUCUUUGCGUUAUUCGAUGCCUUGUCAAGAAGAGAGCACUUCUCCCAGGUGGGGGAGCUCCAGAAAUGGAAGUUGCUGUCAAACUUAGGCAAUUGGCGCUCAGUCAGCACGGAGCCACUCAAUAUUGCUGGCGAGCAUUUGCGGACGCUUUGGAACUUAUUCCUUACACUCUUGCUGAAAAUGCCGGAUUGUCUCCAAUUCACACUGUUACUGAACUUCGCAACCAUCACGCCAACGGACAUAAUUCGUAUGGUGUAAAUGUUAGGAAGGGAUAUGUUACGGAUAUGGGAGAAGAAAACGUUGUCCAGCCAUUGUUGGUCACUCUUUCGGCAAUCAAACAAGCCGCCGAGUGCGUUCGAUCCAUUUUGAAAAUCGAUGAUAUUGUCAUGGCCGUUCGCUAA